AUGGAAACUACUAGUCAUUCAUACUCUGGUGAUAUAAAAGGUGGACUAUUUCAUGGUCGUGGAAUUUUAGUUUAUUCAAAAAAUGAAAAAUAUGAAGGUGACUUUGUGUUAGGGAAACGAGAAGGAUAUGGACGUUUUACCUAUUCGGAUGGUGCAGUUUAUGAAGGUGAGUGGGUUGACGAUAGAAUCCAUGGGCAGGGGAAAGCUCACUUCUCUAGUGGAAAUAUAUAUGAAGGACAGUGGGAAAAUGGGAAGAUUAGUGGAUAUGGUAAAUUAAUAUAUAAUAAUGGUGAUAUUUAUGAAGGGGAAUGGCUAGAUGGUCGCAUGCAUGGACGAGGCGUUUACAAAUAUUCCGAUGGUGAUAUAUAUUCAGGAGAAUGGCGUGAUGAUAAAAGACAUGGAAAGGGAACUGUAACGUAUGUUAGCAGUAGUGGAGAUAAAGUUAUUGAGAAAUAUGAAGGCGAUUGGGUUAAUGGUAAGAUGCAUGGACAUGGAAAAUAUGUAUUUGUUGAUUCAGCAAUAUACGAAGGUGACUGGUAUGAGGGAUCUAUGCAUGGCAAAGGAACUUAUAUUUUUCCAAAUGGUAAUGUCUAUGAAGGAGAAUGGGUCAAUGAUCUAAAAUAUGGAUAUGGUGUAUUGACAUAUCAAAAUGGAGAAAAGUAUGAAGGAUAUUGGAAGGAUGGUAAAGUAAAUGGUAAGGGAACUCUUACGUAUAGUCGUGGUGAUAAAUAUGUUGGAGAUUGGCUAGAUGCUAAAAAACAUGGGGAAGGUGAGCUAUUUUAUUCAAAUAAUGAUAGAUUUAAGGGGAGUUGGGUAGCAGAUCACGCCUGCGGCUUUGGCAUAUAUACUUAUGCAAAUGGAAAUAGAUACGAAGGAUACUGGGAAAAUGACCGCCGACAUGGCAAAGGUAUCUUUUUCUGUGCAGAAGAUAACAAUGUAUAUGAAGGAGAGUGGUUUAAUGGUCGUAAGGAGGGUAAUGGGAUCCUAAGGUUUGCAAUGGGUCAUGUAAUUGAAGGAAUUUGGAAGGAUGGAGUCCUGUCCCAAAUAAGCAAUUUCCAAUUUGCACCAGACUCACCCUGGGCAAACCCGAACUUUUAA